UCAAUGAAAGUUGACGAACUGACCGUUUCCCAUAUCAUCGGAUGUUACGUUAGUCCGUAUACGGUAUCUAUAUCUUUGUGCAGGUAUAUUGUGCAUAUCCAUCCACAUAUACCUUACCUAAAUAGUCGAUACGAAAAAUCGCAACCGAGGACCGAGGUGUAAUUUCAUCCUUCGUUACGCUGCACCCCGGUGCAAAAUUUUACCAAUUUUUUUUCCUCCCUCGGGUCCCCCUGCGUCUCUCUGUCGCGAGUUCGAUCGUCGUUUUUAUACACGAAGCACGUAUCCUUCAUUUAAUUAUAUUUCGUUAUCGCGAUAACAACUUGGUGAAUUUUUAUAUUGUAUUAAUAAUUUUCUCGUUUAUUCGUUAUUUUUUUUCGGUAUUUUUUUCGUUUUUCAAAUAAGGUGUUUUUAUUUUCGUGUUUUUCACUCGCCUAAUUAAAUUAAAAUACUCUUAUCGUCGAACGAGGCAUUAUUAUUAUUACGAAACGCGACCAAUAAAUAAUUUACGAAUUAACAAUCGAUUAAAUCGACCGGCGCGAUCGCGGUUUCGAUGCUACUGUGAUAAUAAAUUUUUACGAAUGAGAUGUAAACGGAGGACAUGUGGUCGAGGGUCCUUCGGGUUGCUAUGCUAACGGCUCUGUGGGGCCUCGGUGAUUUGCAAGUCACAACUACAGUCAAGCCGGGACGUGGAAAAGGCAGUAAUUGGUGGGGUAUAGCUAAAGCCGGAGAACCAAAUAAUUUGUUACCAAUGACCCCCGGAAUGGUGCGUCACUCGUUAGAUCCAAACACGAUGUACAACUUUCGCAAAAAGCAGAAACGUUUAGUUCGAGAAAACGCCGGAGUGCUCGAGGCUAUAUCUCGAGGCGCGAAAUUAGCCAUAGACGAAUGUCAAUACCAGUUCAAAAAUCAUCAAUGGAACUGCUCCACUACCAACUACUUCAAAGGCAAAAAUAUAUUCGGCAAGAUCGUAGAUAAAGGAUGUCGAGAAACAGCCUUCAUAUACGCCAUUACAAGCGCCGCAGUAACACAUACGGUCGCUCGAGCAUGCGCCGAAAGCAGUAUAGUCUCGUGUAAUUGCGAUUACAACUAUAAAAGCAGAAGAUCGUCAUUCUCAACAAAUGUUGUAGUGGGAGCUCGAGACUGGCAAUGGGACGGAUGCUCCGAUAAUAUAGGAUUCGGAUACAAAUUCGCUCGCGAAUUCGUCGACGCAGGCGAAAAAGGACGAAAUUCGCGAGAGAAGAUGAAUUUACAUAACAACGAAGCCGGCAGAUCGCACGUCGUCUCGCAGAUGCGACAAGAAUGCAAAUGUCACGGUAUGUCCGGUUCGUGUACGACAAGAACGUGCUGGAUGCGAUUACCAAACUUCCGCAUAAUCGGAGACCAUCUAAAAGACCGAUUCGACGGAGCUUCCCAAGUCCAAAGCACCGAAACCAACAACGAGAACUCCAAACGAACGAUUACCAGAAGGAAGCGAAACCGACACAGGGCGCAUUUACAACCCCUCAGUCCGGAGUACAAGCCUCCUAGCUUGAUGGAUCUCGUGUACUUGGAAGACUCGCCCAAAUUCUGCUUAUGGAAUCCACGUCUGGGCAUACUCGGAACCAAGGGACGUAUCUGCAACGAGACUUCGCUCGGUAUGGACGGAUGCGAUCUUAUGUGCUGCGGUCGAGGCCAUCGAACGCAGGAGAUCAUGGUUAGAGAACGAUGCGGUUGCAGUUUCCAAUGGUGCUGCGAAGUCAAAUGUAAUAUAUGUAAUAACAAGAAAAGCGUGCAUACUUGUAAGUAGUCCUGCAACCCGCACUCUUUAUACCUAUUCCCUAUUUUACCCCCCCCCCUUCCCCACCCUAGCAUUAUUACCCUGUAAAACCCCCCAGUGUCGUAUUUUUAUAGUAUAAGUACUAUGUACAUGUUCCUAUACAUACGUCUAUACAUAUGUAAAUAUGUAGUUUUUUGUUUUUUUUUUGAAUACUUAUCGUCUCGUGUGUUGUAUAUAAAUGUAAAAAAACUCUUUACCGCAACGUUCCUUCUCAAACCCACCCCAACCCCUACCCACUUUCUCGUAUUUCGUUCUAGCAAGCUUCGAUUUCCUUAUUUUGUUUUUCACUCACUAUCUUCGGUAUAGGGUGAUCAAAAAGUUGUGCAAACCGUCCUUUUUCUCGAGUGAAUUCAUUCAUCGAAUCAAAUUCGGGUUUUGAUUGAUCGAAAAAUCAUCUUCAAAACUGGCUCCACGAAAACUAAUGAGCUGGUAUCAGGUUUGGGGUAAUCAGUUGGACAAAGGUCUGAUCGUGACCAAAAUUGAUUCUCAAAAAAAAAUCGAGAUCAUCAUUGAAACAUUUACAAAAAUAUCGUCUUCCGAUACAAAGGUAAUUAAAGUUGUCGAGGUUCAAUAGCAGUAAAAGGGGGGGAGGGAGGGGUUUUAUAAAACUGAGCCAUUCUUUAUCGAAUUUUUUGCCAUUAAAAAUGUAUCGUAAUGAUGACAGCUGAUCGACCUUCCAAGUCCAAAUUUCAUUAUUCGCAGUUGAUUGCAUUAUCGUAGAAUUACUGUGAGUUUCUGAAAAUUCAAUUUCCAUCAAAUUUUGAGGAACCUCCCUCAUUUCUCGAGUGUGAUUUUUGGGUAGAUUUUGAAUUUCUCCUCUCCCUCACUCCCCCUCUAAAAACACGAUAAUGAGAAAAUCGAUCAAACACUUUCAUAUCAAAAGGAAAACAUUAUUUUGUAUUUAAUUUCAUCAUCUUUAAAAAAAAAUCAACCAGAUUUGUUUUUUAUCAAUUUGGUCAAAAUGUUAGAACAAUGAUGAGUUUUUGAACUGAUCAUCUAAAAUGAGGCAAAAACUUCGGAAAAGGGUAAAUUUUCAGGAACCCGAAUAAAUGUUUACAUUUUUGGUGAAAUUUAAUGGCAUUUUUUGGGAGGGGGGAAGGAGAUGAAACUCAUGAACGAAAUUUGGAUUCACUAGGCCAACAUUCGAUUUGAAAAUCUUGGCAGUAAAUAAAAAAGCAAAUUUUUUUCUUUCGAAAUGUACUUUGCGUUUUCGGAAAAAUUUCAUAAAUUUAUAAAACGUAUUCUGGAAGCUCAAGAGUGGGUGAAAAUUACGAAAUUUGGUUUUGUAAAAUGCACAAUUGAUUAAUUUAAAGUUUUGACAAUUGCUGGAAAUCAAAUUUUUCCAGCCAAAAAGUACUGUAACGUUCUUGGAAAUAAUUUUGAGAUUGAGAAAGACGAUUGAAAAUCGUUUAGAGCCUCCCAAAAAGUAGGAAAUGCGAAAUAAAAUUUUCCCGCCAAAAUUUACUUUCACGUCUUUAGAAAGUGUGAAAAAUUUAGAGGGACUCUCGAAAUUUUUUUUGAAGCUGCUGAAAAGCUGAAAGUAACGAAAAACUCAGAUUUGAGAUGUCUACAAUCUGUUCGAAAAUUUCAGCAGUAGCAGGAAACCAUCUUUUUCCACCAAAAUUUAUUUUCAAUCACAUUGAAGGGUCGAUAUUUUCUUUGAAAAUUCAAACAGUAGCAGUGAAUCAAAUCCACUCCUCCCCCCUCACAAAUAUGCAUUUUCACUUUAUCUAAAAAAUUUCAAAAAUUCAGAAAGGCAAUCACAAUUUUUUUGGAGGUUCCAAAGUGGUUGGAAAUUGCCAAAUUCAGUUUUAAGAGGCUAAUACUCGAUUUUAAAAUUUCCACUGCAAUGUAGAUAAAAAUUGAAAUUUUUUCCGCCAAAAUGCAUUUUCAUGCUUUUGAGAAAAUUCCAAAAAUUCAAGAAAGCAAAAAAAACUUUUUUCGGAGGUUUAAGAAGGGCUGAAAUUACAACAUUUGGCGUUCAAAAGUCAGUAACUAUUAUUCAGUUUGAAAAUUUUGACAGUAAAAAGAAAUCAAAUUUUUCCCGCCAAAAUUGACUUAAUCGUUUUUGGAAAAAUUUCAAACAUUCGGGAUGACAUUGAAAAUUUAUCUAGGAGGCUCCAGAGUGGCUGGAAAUUCCCAAAUUCAGUUUUAAGAGGCUCAUACUCGAUUUUAAAAUUUCCACUGUAGAUGAAAAUUGAAAUUUUUCCCGCCAAAAUGCAUUUCAACGCCUUUGAGAAAAUUCCAGAAAUUCAAGAAAGCAAAAAAAACUUUUUUCUGAGGUUUAAGAAGGGCUGAAAUUACAACAUUUGGUGUUGAAAAGUCAGUAACUAUUAUUCAGUUUGAAAAUUUCGACAGUAAAAAGAAAUCAAAUUUUUCCCGCCAAAAUUGACUUGAUCGUUUUUGGAAAAAUUUCAAACAUUCAGGAUGACAUUAAAAAAUUUCCAGGAGGCUCCACAGCGGCUGGAAAUUACAAAAUUUGGAUUUGAAAAGUCAAUAAGUCAGUUUGAAAAUUUUGACAGUAGAAGGAAAUCAAAUUUUUCCCGCCAAAAUUGACUUGAUCGUUUUUGAAAAAAUUUCAAACAUUCAGGAUGACAUUGAAAAUUUUCCAGGAGGCUCCAGAGUGGCUGGAAAUUACAAAAUUCGGUUUUGAAAAGUCAAUAUGUAUUCAGUUUGAAAAUUUUGACAGUAAAAGGAAAUCAAUUUCAAAAAUAUAAAAUUUUUUCCCACCAAAAUUUACUUGACCGUUUUUAGAAAAAUUUCAAAAAAUACAACAUGAAAAUAAAAAAAUUCCAGAAGGGAAAUUACAAAAUUUGGUGUUGAAUUAAGUUAAUAAGUAUUCAGUUCAAAAAAAAUAUCGACGAUGGACUGGUAUUAAAUUUUUUCCCGCCAAAAUUCACGUGAAAAUGUUUGGAAAAAUUUUUAAAAUAUAGAAAUAUGACAGUACAAUAAAAAAUCGUUCUGGAUGCUCCAAAUUUUGUUUCGAGAAGUCGACAAUCAGCUAGAAAUCAAAUUCUUUCCCGCCCAAAUAUAUUUUCACAACAGUGGAAAAAAAUCAAAAAAUUUAAACAGAUGCUCGAAAUUUUUCCAAGAGAUUCAGAAAGCUGGAUAAUUGCAACAUUUGGUUUUUUGGGAUCAAAAUCCUAUUUGAAAAUUUCGUCGAUAAAAAUAAAUCAAAUUUUUCCCGCCAAAAUAAUUAAACCUAUUUUUUCGAAAAAAAUCAAAAUUCUUUGAGGGCCUUUCAAAAGCAUUGAAAAUCAACAGAAUUUCAGUUUUCAAAGGUAAACAUUCAAUCUGAAAAUUUCGAUGGUGGACGAAAAUUACAUUUUUCCCGCCAAAAUGCACUUUCACGUCUCUGAUAACAUUUUGGAAAAUUUUCGAAAUACAGUCGAAAUUUUUCUGGCAGCUUCAGAGCAUCAGAAACCACGAAAUUUGGUUUUGGAAGGUCAACACUUGAUUCUUGCUGGCAAAAAUCGAGUACAUUCGUAGACAAAAAAAAGGCUGUUGUUACCUCUCCCUUUUAUCACCUCAGGGGGAAAGCGAGAGGUGAGAAAUUCGAAAAAUCAACAAAAAUAGGGUGUUAGAAGGGGGGGAGUUACAGCAGUGAUUUUUUUUUUCAAAUUCCGUUCUAGCUCUGAAGUGCAAUUAUAGUAUCAAUUACAAAGUGACCUCCAUCAGAUGUGAACUUCAAUUUUCAAACUGUCCAAAAAUUGCUAAAAAUCGAAUAAAAAAUUUUUAGAGGGGUUAAAAUUCUAAUUUCGAAGGUUUAGAAACACACUUGCUCAGUUUACAAAAAUCCAAAUUUCGUCAAAAUUCAAAUUCAACACUCAAAAUGGUUCUCUCAUACAUAAACAAUUUUCGACCAGCAUAAGCUUCGAACCAUCCUAUACUUUCACUUUCACAAUCUACAAACUACGUCUAUGCAAUUAUGCAUCCUUUACAAACGUUGGUCAUUUACUGCCCCCUCCUUCCCCUUUCUCCUUUCCCAUCCCUACUCUUCGAAAAAAAACCUAAAAAAUAAUUUUCUCGAUCGAUUUCGAACCCCAAAACCCCAAACACUCGACAAUCCAUCGAUCUAUACUCCGAUCAUUGAUCGACUAUCAUCAAUGCGCUUAUGAAUGCAUACAAAACGGUGUUUUUACCCCCUACCUACACGGUACCUACAAAAGUAGCCGACACACCAUCGGCAUCGGCAUCAACGGCACCAGAACCGGUUCCCAACAUGGUUUUUUUUUGUGUAGCUAUAAUUGCAAAACAACGACGAGGAAAAAUUUCGCUACGUUAAAUUCUUAGUAAAUACCAAAGUGUAUAGUAAUAAGUGUAUUAUACAAUUUAUUUUAAUUUCUCGACCAUAUUGCGAUCGAUAGCUGGUGCCUGAGCCGGAGCCCAAAUGCAACGUGUCUCUGCGUUACUUUUAUACAUUUACACUAUUUGCAUGAUCAUUGACGACCACCAAUGACCAGUCUUUAAAAGCAGCUACUUUGUAGGUAAUCUUUGAAGUGUAGCGACCUGUGGGGAUGGCGCGGUGCGGUGGGUUUUAUACGAUUUUUUAAUAGGUUGUAUGUGUGCUGCAAAAAAAAUCACAUCUACGUUUACGUAGGUGCUGGCUGAGGUGAUUUCCACAGUGGAAAAAUUAUUCUCUUCUUCCUAUAUAGUAGAUUAGAAGAAAGAUGUCUCGGAACCUAUAUUAGUUCGUUCGGGGCCACCAUAAUACACUAUAUGGAUGAGUUCAUUUACCAGAGCACGAUGUGUUCGUCGUAUAUAAGCGCGAGGAAGCGAAAAAAAAUGUAAAUAUGUUGAUAAUAUUUAUUUACAGGACGUGGUCCCAGUUGUUGGAUUUCUUUCUCUGUAUGUUAUGCUGGUCUCCUUUUUUUUCUUUUUUUUUCCUAUUAAUGUAUCUAUAACGCGCGCGCGGUGCGGAUAAUAAUUGUACGUAUAGGUAUUUUAUUAAAAGUAUAUGGUUUCUCGCUAAUGGAUAGCGAAUUUCAACUUUUAAUAUAUCGAACACGAUUACAGCAUUUAAAUUCUUUUUAUACAUACGAGUACGCGAGCGUUCUCACGCAAUCUCACCAAAACAAAUGAAAAAUUUUCAAACGUGAAAAAAUUUCCUCUUUUCUCUGCAUUUUGAUGAACUAUCAUUUUUUUUCUCUUACUUACCUGUAUCUACUACCAGUUUUAAUCGAAUAUUAUUAUAUUGUAUUUAUUACUAUCUAUAUCUACCUACGUGAUAUUUUUUUUCUUCUUUUUUUUUCUCGCCUAAUCAUUACCUAUAAUAAUCAUUUUAUAAUACGAUAUUCGUCGAAAAUUAUUAUAUUCUAAGCUGCAAUCGUACGUAUAUUUUUUUUCUUUUUAAAAAAAAAAGUUCCUAAACGUUAUUAUACUAUACUUUUUUUUAUAUCGAUAUAUUUUAUUACAUAUUUUAUAAGCGUGUUUGUGCGAUUUUUUUUUGAGUUUUUUUUCCUUUUUUUUUUUUUUUUUUGCUAUUGUAACGACGUACGUAUAUUACUUACUUUAAAAAAAUGUUGUAUACGAAAAUAAUUAUCGCUUUUUUUUCAAUAUUUUUCAUCACGUCUUCCUAUUACGUUUUUACUAUUUUAUAUAAAACAACAAACUUUAUUAUUUUAUAGAAUUUGUUAAGUUUUGUUAUCUAUUUAUCGCGGCUACGAAUUGAAAAAAAAAAUGUUAUUUCUUUCUCUAUCGCCUAUUCUAUAUUAUGUUGUAUGAUAUUAUAGUGAGAAAUGUAACGAUAAUGUUUCUUUUUCUUUUUCUUUUUUUUUUUCUAUUUUAACGCGUAUUUUCAUCUAUUUUUUUUCUCCCAUUUUUUUCUCUUUUUUCCCCUAUCUCUCUCUAUUUUUUUUUCUUCCUUUGUAUUUGAGAAUAAAGUUUUUAAAUCUGA